UGCGUAUGAAACGUAGAUGCGAAUUGCGAAAUAAGUAGUAGCAGGAACGUAACUUGCAGGAAUGGUGGCUGCAGGAAUGCGCAACAAUUUCAUGUGUAAAGGCCCAAUACUUUCCUCCAACUUCCAUACAUGAAGGAGAACGGACAGAAAAUACAGUUAGGGGAAAUGGCAAAAGAUUAAUCCCUUAUGAAGAAACUACACUGACAGAGAGAGAUGGUCAUUAAUGGGGAAGCCCGCAUUUUUUAGCUGAUUUUCUUCCCUUCUGACUGUCCUUACUGGAGAAGAAGCUGUUCUCUGAUUUAGAAGUUGAUUCCAUCUCUCCUGGUAAGCUCUGGUUCUUUUCAUGGCCUUGCACCUCAAAACUUUCCGUUUCUUCUCUGCAAACUCGCUUUUCUCUUUCCAUUUGAUCCCUUCUUUCCUUCAUUUACACGCUGGUAAAACCCAUGAAGAUCAAGGUGGAGAGCCGGUACCUUUUACCUCUAUACCCAAAACCCCAGGCCCUGUUGAAACUGCCGUUUCUCUUUUCUCCAAGCCGUCGUUUCAUAGGAGUGGAGAUGAAUUGAGAAAGCUUCAGAGCUCUCUUACCACUGAAACUGUAGAGAUCAUUCUUAAAGGUUUUCAAAAAUGGGGUCAAGCCUAUGAGUUUUUCUUGUGGAUUGGGCAACAAGAUGGGUAUAAACACAACUGUUACACCUAUAAUUCGAUGGCCUGUAUACUCUCGAGGUCGGGCCAGAGAAUUCCAUUGAAGGCCCUUGUGAAAGAUUUAAUGAUUCGGAGGUGUUCGAUGAGUCCUGGUGCUUUAGGUUACUUGAUUAGGUGUUUGGGCAAUGUGUGUUUAGCUGAAGAAGCCAAUCAUGUUUUUGAAAGGGCCUGUGAUUUGACUUGUGAGCCCAAUUCUUAUACCUACAAUUGUUUGUUAGAAGCUUUGGCAAAAUCGAAGCGGUGCGAGCUAGUAGAAUCAAGAUUCAAAGAGAUGAUUCAUAGUGGGAGGGAGCCUGAUAAAUUUACUUAUACAGCUGUCUUGCAAGUUUACUGUAACUCGGGGAAAAUCGAUAAAAGUUUUGAUAUUUUUGAGAGGAUGAGAGGGAAAGGAUGGUUAGAUCCACAUGUGUUUACUAUACUGAUUGUUGGGUUGAGUAAGUUGGGUGAGGUUGAUCACGCUUUUGAAUUAGUCGAGAGGAUGAGAGAGAUGGAGAUGGACCUGAAUGAGAAAACGUACUGUAUUCUGAUUCAUGGGUUCGCCAAGGAAAAAAGAAUAGACAAGGCACUUGUGCUUUUCGACUGGAUGAAAGGGCUCGGGUUUGAUAGGGAUAUACCUCUCUUCAAGGUUCUUAUUGAGGGGCUAUGUAACAGUAAGGAGUGUGCUAGAGCCUUGGAAUUGUAUCAUGAGAUGAAAGAUUCCAGGCUCUGUCCAGAUAUUUCAAUCUUGACAGAGCUGAUUUCCUCAUAUUGCCAGGAAGGGGAUCUUGUUGCUGCAUCUGAGUUGUUACAAGACGGAAACAAUUUGAGCAUUGGCCCCUUUGUAUCUCUGUAUAAUGCAGUUCUCGAAGGUCUUGUUAAUGGCGGCAAGGUACAUGAAGCUUAUUUGCUUCUCCAGGAAAUGAUAGCUUCCAAAAAUUUAUCAGUUGAAGAGGUAGCUGGAUGUGCUAGUGACAAUGAAGAGGUAGAGAAUAUUAAAAACCUUGUUAAGUUUGAGAAAACUGUAAUACCAAAUUCGGAGUCAUAUAGUAUUGUUAUUGAUGGUUUGUGCAAGUACCAAGAACUAGAUAAGGCCCUAGAGCUCUUGCAUGACAUGACUGCAACUGGGUGCAUAGGAAACUUGUUCUUAUACAAUAACUUGAUCCACGAGAUGUGUAAUGCUGAUAGACUUCAGGAAAGCUUCAAACUUAUGAAAGCAAUGAGGGAUUCAGGUCUUGAGCCAAACCACUUCACUUACAAUUCAAUAUUUGGUUGCUUGUGCAGAAAGGAAAAGGUGUCUGAUGUCCUUGAUUUGAUGAGAGAAAUGCGAUAUCAUGGGCACAGCCCAUGGAUAAAACAUUAUACCAUGCUUGUGAAGAGGCUAUGCACUCGUGGCAAUGCCAUGGAAGCAUGUCAGUUCUUAAGUGACAUGGAAGAGGUCGGCUUCCUACCUAAUGUCAUUGCAUAUUCGGCAGCCAUUGACGGCCUUUGUACGAUAGAGGAAUUGGAUCAUGCUCUUAAACUAUUUCAUGACAUGCAUGCCCAUGGGUAUGCUCCUGAUGUAGUUGCUCAUAACAUACUUAUUCAUGGGUUUUGUAAGGCCGGAAGAGUUGAUGAGGCCCAAGGCAUAAUUAACGAAAUGAUGGAGAAGGGGCUCGUUCCCUCUGUGGUGACAUAUAACUUGAUGAUAAAUGGGUGGUGCAAGGUCAAUAGGACUGAAUUGGCACUUCUUUGCUUUUCUAAAAUGGAAGCUCAAGGGAGGCCUCCCAAUGUGAUCACAUACACCACCUUGAUAGAUGGGUUCUGCAAUGAGGAGAGAGCUGAUGAUGCCAUAAUGCUCUGGCAUAGAAUGAUAGAUCAGGGAUGUGCCCCUAAUAGAAUAGCUUACAUGGCCCUAGUCAAUGGAUUAUGUAAGUGUGGAAGAGCUAGUACAGCUUUACAGUAUUUUCAUGAGAUGGAAGCCAAGGCUUUCGAUCCUGAUGCCUUUAUUUAUGUGGCAUUAAUAGAUUCUCUCGUUAGCAUAGCUGAUAUGUUCUCGGCUUUUAGGAUUUUGAGAGAAAUGAUUCGAAAAGGAAAGUGUCCAAGUCCCUCUGAUAAGCAUUAUGCUUUGCUGCUAGAAUCAUUAUGCAAAAUGUAUGAAGAUAAGCAUAUUUCUUCAGAUGUAAAUGCUCUUAUCGAAGAUGGCGGCAUUCCAAUGAUCCAUAGUCCCUCUGUUCUUGGAGUGGGUAUUAGGAAUCAAUAAAAGUUUCCUGUGAGAUUCUUGAUGAUGCUGGGGGGAGGCAGUGAAAUACAUUCAUGGCAACCUUUAUGUAUUCUGCCUGGUUAUACCAAACAUUUGUCAUGGAUUCUGCGAAGUUUCUAAUUUCCUCAAGCAUUUGACAAGGAAAUCAUGGUGCUUCAUAGGGAAGGACAAUCCAUGUUGCUGCUUUAUGCUUGUCUACUUGAACAGGACAUAGACAUAUGUCCAUAUGGAGUUGAUAAAAGGGAUGAGAGUGGGUCUAUGUAGAAAAUGUUACAGAAAGAAGCUAUGGACCCCCAAGGCGAGGAGUACUAUGUGAUCUUUACUAUCCUAUUUGUUAUGUGGUGCUCGACAUAUUGGUAUAUGAAUAACCAAGUGAGACGGCAGUGGGUACAUUCCGUAAACCUAACGGGGGCAAAGUAUGUGGGCAAAGUAUGUCGAGUACUUACUUACAGGGCAUCCUCGAGAGUGCUUCAAUAAGUUGCGGAUGGAGAAGGUUGCCUUUAUUGAUCUUUUUAAUAUUCUAAAGCAAGGGUCACUUACUACGGACACUAAAUACUUGUUGGUUGAGGAGCAAGUAGCAAUAUUCUUAAGCACCCCAACACAUGAUCAGUGAAAUAAGGUGGUCCGAGAACGCUUCCAAGACUCUAGUCAAACUAUAAGUUUCUAUUUCCACAAAGUAUUAUUGGCAGUCGAUCAAUUGAAAUCCCUGUUUCUAUUUCCAAAGGGAGAGAUUAUAUCCAUAUUUCCUAAUAUUGAGUCAUUUAUAAGUAGGUACAGAUAUAUAUAAUGCUUCUUAUAAUGCUCUUGUCAUUGAAUUUCUAAUAGGAUUGUGUAGGAGCUAUUGAGGAGACAUAUAAUCCCAGCGCACGUUAGAAGUAUCUUGCAUAAACACUUUCGAAAUAGGAAAGGUUUCAUAAGCCAAAAAUGUUAUGGCUGCAUUUGGGUUUGACAUACGGUUCCAGUACGUACUUGCUGGAUGGGAGGGUUAUGCAUCAAACUCUAAAGUCUUGUAUAAUGCGAUUAGUAGGCAAGAUGGUCGGUUGGCCCUUCCUGAUGGUGAGGCUAUGUUUAUUGCCCAUUGAAAUAAUGUUAUUCUCUUUUCACAUUAUCUUACACAUUAUUCUCAAGCACAUAUGAUUGCAUUACCCAACAAUAUUUCGAUGGCCACGAGAUUGAUCAAUUUGGGCGAAGCACCAAUGCAGUAGUAGUUAAUAACAAUAACUAUUGCAUGUGCAAAAUCGUUGCUUUUAUUGUAGUGGUAAUAGUUGUCUUUUUUCUUUUUAAAAUUUAAGAUGAGAACAUAUUAGACAACUUUGGAACCAUUC